AUGUCUAAUCAACAAGUCAGUGAUAGUAAGAGUCCACCAGCUAUUUUGAAAUGGGCAUCAACUGAUGGUGAAUUUCGCAGACAACCAUCAAGUUAUCGUGAAUUUGUUCGUAAAGAUCCCAAUUCCCGGUUUCAACCUGAAAAUUUUGCUUGUCCAUGGGCACAUAGAACACUUGUUGUAAGAGCAUUGAAAGGACUUGAAGAUGUGAUUGGAUUAAGUGUUGUUGAUUAUUUAUUGGAGGAAAAUGGAUGGAAAUUUAGUAGUCCAGAGGAAACACCUGGAGCUAUUCCUGAUACCGUUAAUAAUGCACAAUAUCUUAAAGAUUUAUACUACAAAUCCAAUCCUGAUCACACUGGAAGAUAUACUGUUCCAGUGCUUUGGGAUAAGAAAUCUAGCACUAUAGUAAAUAAUGAAUCAAGUGAAAUUAUUAGAAUGCUUAAUGAAGCAUUUGAUGAUUUAAUACCAGAUGAUAAAAAAGGAAUCAAUUUUUAUCCAGAAAAUUUACAAUCGCAAAUUGAUGAAGUUAAUGGUUGGGUUUAUGAUACUGUUAACAAUGGAGUGUAUAAAUGUGGCUUUGCUACAUCUCAAGAAGCAUAUAAUCGAAAUAUUGAGCCAUUAUUUAAAUCUUUGGACCGUAUAGAAGAUAUUCUAUCAAAGAAUGAUUUCCUUGUAGGCAACACAUUGACAGAAGCUGAUAUCAGACUUUGGACAACUAUCAUCAGAUUUGAUCCAGUUUAUCAUACACAUUUUAAAACUAAUCUUAAAACCAUCUCAAAGGAUUAUCCAAAUAUUCUCCAAUGGGCACGACGUAUCUAUCAACUUCCAAAAGGCAAGUACCAACUAAAUUCUGAAAUUAAAACAAUUUAG